CAUUCUCCUGGCAUAGGCCAUGUCUGUCUAUCACUUUGAAGGAGGCUCUACAUCUAUCUCUAUCCACUACUAAGGUUUUUCAGGACCCAGAUACCUCGACGAUACAGUUAGUCUACGGAGUCCUAAUCCCUUAACUAGUCUCGAACCUCGAUUUAGAUGAGGGGGCAGAGGGCUUUCUCGUUGACGAACCCACCAGUAAGACGACAUGUGGCCUGAGGAUAAUUUUUGCAUUGGAUCAAUAAAUUUUGUUCCCGUGUGUGCCGUUCGAGUUUUUUAUGGAUUUUUUUUUAAUUCCUAUAUACAUCAUUCUCAUGAACCCCAAAAGAGAAGAUCGAAUCUAAUAAAAUUCUCCACCGGGGUCCACUCGGUCGGAAAAAAGAGCUUGUCCGGCCGGUAUCUUCUCAGGAACGAGUGCCUUCGAUUGGAAGCUGUGGAAAACCGAGAACGCUGUCAUUCAUACGUAAGGUGUCGACCGUUUUUCUUUUUUUUCUUGACUCUCUCUCUGUCUCUUCUUCUCCCUUUCCCUCUUCUUGGCUCUACAAUUCAAGUUUCGAACAAUUCCAUUCAUUCCUGCCGGUGGAACAGGGCAAAGGGCGAAUGAAGCCUUGGGGAAUCCUCUUCUUCUCCAGAUUGCUGUCGAUCCUGCAUACCUACUUAGCCGGACAACUACGUUGCUAAUUUGCUACUCGUCGUUAGCUCAUUACUGUCGUCCGGUAGG